UUAAAAGAAGUACUAAUAUAUUACUUAUAUAUAAAAGAUUUUAACCAACUUUUAUAACAAAAACAAAUUAUUUUGUUAUUAAUUUAAUAUUAAAUUAUAAAGAGUUUUUAGAAGAUGCAUCCAUGGUUCAAAGAAUUAGUGUCACACAUCUUAUCUAAAACUGAAAUACAAAAAAAUGUUUAUCAAGAUACUUUGAUGCUAUUACAAUUAAUUUGUGAUAAAUACAGUAUUCCUUCAAUAAAUAUAGCAUGUGAAAAACUUUCCAAACACCUAUUUAUAGACAUUAACACAAUAAAACAAUCGAAAUGUCAGUUAAAUAGUUUAUUUAGUAUGAACUCUGAACAUGGCAAUAAAAGGAGUGAACAAAAUUUCAUACUUGUUUGCAAAAUUUUUGCUGAUCAAUCAAGCAAUAGUGGAAAUAUUGUUGUUCAAGAUAUAACUGGAAAAAUUAGUUGUGUUUAUCCUAAAGCUACUUUUUCAAAAUUAAAUUCACUUGGAAUAGUGUUAGAUUGGAGUUACUUAAUUGACCAUAAGCAAUCGUUAUAUGAUAUCAAACUUUUAAAUUCUAAGGUAUCAUGUUAUAUUGAACUAAAGUCUGUAUUUAUAUUAAAUAGACCCAUUAUUAUAAAGGAACCAAGGCAGAACUUUUCUUUGGAUGGAAUUCUUAUAAGAAAAAGUUGCUUGAGUAAAAUUAACGGUGGUACACCAUUUUUUUUAGUUCUCUUAACUUCCAUUAGUGACUCACAAACCUUUUUUGUUGUUGUUCAAGGUAAGAAGUAUGCUCAUUGGUACUGGUGUUUAAAAAUUAAUAGAGUUUAUAAUUUUAAUGGACUUCAAGCUGGAAUCGUAAAUAUAGAGCAGAAGAGACAUAAAGUUUUUUUUACAAAUGAUUCAACCUUUUGCUCACCAACAAAUGAAAUCAAUUAUGGUGAAAAAUAUUUUUGUAAAUAUUCUUUUGGUAUUAGUUAUCAAGGUGUUAUCACUAGCACUGCUUAUGCUGAGUUUGGUAUCUUAGAACUUGAUGAAGAAAUUAAGUUAAUUUUUUGUCAAGCAACAUUUUCACAAUUUGGAAGAGGUUUUCGUCAGGGUGCAGAAAUUUUAAUCCAUAAUGCACAUUUGGUUUUUUAUGGAUCAAAGAAACUGCUGUGCUGCUGUUCUUCAAGUGAAAUUCAAAUUGUCAAAUUAUCUGCUUAUCAAUCUUCAUACAAUGUUGUGUUUCCUCAAUUACAUCCAAUAGCUUCACAGUUGCAGAUGUAUUCUGUAGAAUAUUUAGUUGCUAUGGUAAAGUUUCUUCAAAAACUAUUUUCAACAACUCAUCCAACAUUAACUUCAAUAUUCAAAAAGAACCCAGACAGGUUGUUAUCAAUGCUAAAAUGGACUUUUACUCCUGAAAAAACCUUAUACAGGCCUUCAUUGUUUUUUGAAUUUUUUAAUGAACCUCAUUCUUGCAUUUAUACUAACAGAAGUAUUAAUAAAAUCAAGUCAAAGUUAAAAUCAUUAAAGGAGUUUAAAAAUCAUGUUGUAAUGCUAUCGCAAUCAGGCAAUUGGCUAAAUGGAAGUAUUUCUAAUGUUUUUUCAAAUUGUUCUGAUGGAUGGAGUUAUGUAAAAAUGAGUUCUGCUAUGCUUUCCUUGAUUGUAUGUGGAAUUUUAUCUGAUAGUAAAAUAGUGGAUUCUACAUGUGAAGUUUAUUUCAUGUGUGAAGGGCAAGAUAUAUCACACUUAAAUGGUUGUGGAGUUACUAUUAAAAAAUAUGAUGUAGUUAUUGAGAAGUAUUACUAUACUGAGCUUCAAGUAAUUUCUGGGUAUCAUCUUAAGAAAGAAUAUACUCGUCUGUAUGUUGUUGUAUCUUCUUUAGAUGACAUAUUUUUUAUUAACGAUAUCGUCAGUAUGCAUCCACAAAAAAAGUUGAAGUUGGAGAAAGAAAAGUGGGUUUUUGGCACAAUUGUUAGGCGAUUUUAUAAACGUCAAAAAGGCAUUAUGUUUGAUACAGAACUUCAUACUGAAAAUAUCAUUUAUGUUCCUCCCCUUGGACGAGUAGAAGAAGUAUUUUUAGCUGAAUCUCUUCAAAGUCUAUAUCCAUAUUGUCGAUCUAUUUUUAAGCUAGAGUUAUAUGUUAAUGAAACAAAAAAGAUUAUUCCCAUAUAUUUCAAUUCAAACAAACUUGUUUAUCCUCUUGGAAUGCUCCCUGGUGCUGCAGUUCAAUUAUUGUAUCUCCAAACUAAAAAAUCUGAUCAUUCAACAUAUUAUAAGUUUGACCAAAUGUCUCAUUUCAAGAUGAUAAAACUUCCUUCUUUAGAUGUUAACAAACUUAUAGAAAGUCUUAAUAUAGCUCAGAAUGAAAGAAUAAAUCUUAUAUCACUGGUUCUAAAUAAAAUCAAUAGCAAUGAUAUUUUGUUUACUGUAAUAGCGCGAGUGACUUUUAUUCAAUGGAUUGGAAUAAAAUGGAAAUGUGGACAAUGUAAAAAUAUUUUGGUUGAUGGUGCCUGUACUAAUAGGUGUAAAAGAGAACAGACUUUUGACUUUCAAUUAAGGGCAAUAGUUGAUGAUGGAACAGCUGAAUGUUAUUUACAUUUUGAUGAGCAUGAAGCAAAGGUUUUGUUAAACAUUUCCAAUGAAGAUUAUGAUAUUUUAAAAUAUAAAACUUAUUGCUAUGGCAUUUUGGAAUACAAUCGUUAUAAUAAAAAUCUGUGUGGUGAAACCGAUGAAUGUCAGCGUAUUUUGCAAAGAGUUACUCGACAUACUGAGCCCUAUCAUCUUCAUGAGUUUCUUUGUAAACAAUAUAAGAAAGGAAAUCAAAAUUCUUCUACUUUUGUAUCUACGGACAAUGAAAAACAAACCUUAAGUCAUUCUAAAGUAUUUUUGCAGUGUUUAAUGUUUCGAAAAGUUGCUUAUCAGCAAACAAUUCAUAUUAAACAUUAAUUUUAGGUAAAAAAAUCUAUAAAUAAUUGAUAAAUUAUUGUAAUAGAUUUAUGAAAAUAAA